CUUAUGAACUGUCAAAGUCGAGCCACGCGAAGCUGCCAGCUAGAUUUCCGUUCGACCGUCGUUCUUUCGUUCUCAGGUCGUCUUCGUAAGCAGAAGGAAAAUGAGAGCUAAGUGGCGUAAGAAGCGUAUGCGUAGGUUGAAGCGUAAACGCAGGAAGAUGCGUGCAAGGUCUAAGUAAACCUGCCAUUCCGCUAUCGACCAUUUUCGUGGAACUUCUGACGUACAAAAAUGAAGAAUACCGACUGGGCAAUAUGAAGCCCGAAGUAAUUUGCAAAUUUAGUUUUCGACAACCAGAAAAAUAAAUGUGCUUACUAAAAUUCACUUUGAAAUUUCCAUUUGAGAAAACUUAAAUAAAUUGCUGGUUUAAAAACGUUCCACAAAAACAAACAGAAAAUUUUUGUGUUAAUAUUGGUCGAAAACGGAAUCGGUUUUAAAGUAUUUAGAACGUGCUUUUUCAACAUAACCAAAUAUAUGUACACAUGUGCGGGUCGACUCUCGCUUGUAUAUGUUUGGAACUGAAUUGUGGAAGCGUGAGUGUCAUCUGCAGCAGUGCCAGGAAGUUUCUGGAGUCGGCCCACAAUGCCAAUGUUAUUGUAUUUAGAUUAAGUACAAAAACACUGCCGGGAUAUCCAUAGUUUUGGUUGGAUUUUACCAAAAACCUCAUUUGGACCUUUUUGUUUUAAAUUUCUGCUAACAGGACAAGGGCAACGGCGCUACGCUGAAUAAAGAUGGKGGGCAGGGAAAAAAAGGCAAACAAUUCGAAUUCGGCGAAAGUACAAAUGCUGCAGGCCCUUGGAGGCGGUGUUUCAGGUGCUUUGACCCGAUUCGUAGCGCACCCGUUCGACGUGCUGAAGAUUCGAUUCCAAUUGCAGGUGGAGCCGCUAAAGAAACGCUCGAACGUUUCCAAAUAUGCCGGCAUGCUGCAAGCCUUUUCGUCCAUCUUCCGGGAGGAGGGUCUGCGCGGCAUCUGGAAGGGCCAUUUGCCGGCGCAAAUGAUGAGCAUCACCUAUGCCCUGGUCCAGUUCUGGUCAUACGAGCAGCUCCACACGGCUGCGUUGCAGUAUAAAUUUGGUCGCGAUAAUGUGCAUCUGUCAUAUUUUAUGUGUGGCGGCCUGGCCGGCUGCGUGGGCACGGUGGUUGCCCAGCCGUUCGAUGUGGUGCGAACGCGAGUGGUUGCUGCCGAUCCGGGUACGACUGCCGGCACUCUGAAGCCGUUCUCCGGCGUGCACAAAGUAUUCAAGAAUGAGGGACUGCGAGGCGUCUCCAGCGGCAUGAUGAUGACUCUGGUGCAGAUCUAUCCGCUAGUCGGUGCCAACUUCGUCAUUUACAAGUUCUUAAAUCACUUAACGUUUAAGAUCAUCAGCCUGAUACGGGAGGAUAAGCAUAUUAGACGUGAAAUACCGGGGCCGCUGCUCUUCAUGAACGGCGCCAUCUCCGGCGUCCUCGCCAAGGUGCUGAUCUAUCCGGCCGAUCUGAUCAAGAAGCGCACCAUGCUCAGCCACUUCCAGGAGGACCGCAAGAGCUUCGGCGUCAAUCCGCUCUGCGACACGAUAAUGCUAUGCAUACGCAGCACCUUGGAGAAGGAGGGGGUGCGCGGCUUCUACAAGGGCAUGUGGCCCACUCUGUUCAAGUCGGGCGUCAUGUCCGCCUGCUAUUUUACCAUCUAUGAUUACUUCAACAACAAAGUCACCGUGCCCUACAAGCAGUACGAACGUCAGCAAAAUGAGGAAAAAAACAAAGCCAAAAAGAAAAAUUCUAAGUAAACGGAUAACCAAAGCGCAAUCGAUAAACGAUAAUCAAAUUGAAAUUGAAAUUGAUAGGAAGAAUCAAAUGUGAGUUCAAAUCAAACGAAGUGAAUAUGAUAGGAAUACUACAAAUAUGGAGCUUAGGGGAAACUCAACAAUUUUCGAUAGCAAAAAGACGCAAAGGGAAACCACAAAGCAAAAAAAAAAAAAA